AUGGCUACGAACCGUGUGUGUGAUGGUGAGCGUGAGUUCAAGCUGGAGGCGGACGUACGCCGCCUGCUGGCCACUGAAAACUCGGUCCGUGCUCUGGUCCGUGAUGAUGCCGCCUUCCAGCGUACCCAGCGUGCCAAGGAAGCACAAAGGGUGAUGGCGAAUAAGGUUCGCAAACGUGCCCCAGACCUCGCUCCAGGUUCCCUAGUCAAGUUCAAGACUUCCCCUGACCGCCCGAAGGCGGAUGAUAAAUGGAAGGGCCCUGCUACUGUUCGAUCGCAGGAUGGCCCGGUUACAUAUACCAUCUCUUUCCGAAGCAAGGAGGUGCGUCGGCACAGAUCGCAGCUUCGCGCAUACAUCUCCCCUAUCUCCCCAAUUAUUGGGCAAGAUGUGGAUCUAGUGUUUUCUGGAGAUUAUGAGCAGUGGCUUUUCAUGCGAUCUCCUUUUCGCACGGCUCCGAUCGAAGAACGACGGGCAGUGUUGCAUCACCUUCGACACACGGAGAAGGGCUAG